GUGCUCGCGUCGUAUUCUGUUACACAAAGCGGGGGCACAGACGCGAGAGCGAAUUCAGUAGAGAAGGGUUGUUCUCAGCAGCGUCGGAAAGGGUUUGCUGGUGGCAACCUAGGAUUUCCACUGCUAGUAAGCGACGCACUGUAGCAAAUGCACGGGGUUUAGUUCAGGAUAUAGGGAGAGAUAAACAAAUUCAUUUGUGUAUAGUACAACACUGCAUUUUUAUUGAGUCGCUAUACAUUGAUUUCUAUGCACAGAUUUUGUUCCCAAAGUGUGAACCGCUGAGUGAAAAGCAGAUGUUGGCAUGUAAUAGGCACGUUCUCGGAUACUGAUUCAGCAGAGCUAAAAGCCGGAGCCCGAAGAGCUUUGUCUAAGCACCUGGAACUGAGAACUGAGGAUUCAGAUCAUUUCCUGCUCUUCAAACCUGUAUACUAUAUUCCUAGUAGUAGAUACCCAAUUAAUGAACCCAGUAUUUUGUGUGUAUGCAAAUUUCACACCUCCUAUUAAAUUUAAUUAAUUGCUCAAUUUCCUGGCUGUUGUGGAGAGACUAGCCAACCAACAUGGCUAGAGAGAUGACUUCUUCAUUGCCUUGCAAAUUACUCAAAGGACUGCUUAUUGUUUCACUAACUGUGUCAUCAGUGCAGAACAGCGAGUGUCCUCAGCUGUGUGUAUGUGAAAUCAGGCCUUGGUUCACACCGCAGUCGACUUACAGGGAAGCCACCACUGUGGAUUGCAAUGACCUGCGGCUCAUCAGAAUCCCCAGCAACCUUUCUAGUGACACCCAAGUUCUCCUCCUGCAGAGUAACUACAUUGCGAAAACCACUGACGAACUGCAGCAGCUCUUUAACCUCACAGAGCUGGACUUAUCUCAGAACAACUUCAGCAACAUCAAAGAUGUUGGCUUGACUAACCUCUCGCAGCUGACCACUCUGCAUUUAGAGGAGAACCAAAUAGCAGAAAUGCAUGAUAACUGCUUGCAGGACCUGACUAACCUUCAGGAACUCUAUAUCAACCACAACCAAAUUAUCACCAUAUCAGCUAAUGCUUUCUCUGGCCUGCGGAACCUCCUGAGGCUUCAUCUGAAUUCCAACAGAUUGAAGGUCAUUGAUAAUCGCUGGUUUGAAUCCACUCCUAAUCUGGAGAUCCUUAUGAUUGGAGAAAACCCUGUGAUAGGUAUCUUGGAUAUGAACUUCAAGCCACUGGUUAACCUGAGAAGCCUGGUCCUGGCUGGAAUGGAGCUGACUGAUAUCCCUGGAAAUGCUCUUGUAGGACUGGACAAUCUGGAAAGUCUCUCAUUUUAUGAUAACAAGCUGGUGAAGGUCCCCCAACUGGCACUGCAGAAGGUUCCAAACUUAAAAUUUCUAGAUCUGAACAAAAAUCCUGUGCACAAAAUCCAAGAGGGGGACUUCAAAAACAUGCUUCGCUUGAAGGAACUUGGAAUUAAUAACAUGGGGGAGCUGGUCUCCAUUGAUAGAUAUGCACUCGACAACCUUCCAGAGCUGACCAAGCUGGAAGCCACCAACAAUCCUAAACUGUCCUACAUCAAUCGUGUAGCAUUUCGGGAUGUACCUUCUCUAGAAAGUCUAAUGCUUAACAAUAAUGCAUUGAAUGCUCUUUAUCAGAAGACAGUGGAGUCUCUUCCAAACCUCCGUGAGAUUAGCAUUCACAGCAACCCACUGAGGUGUGAUUGCGUUAUCCAGUGGAUUAACUCAAACAAAACUAACAUUCGAUUCAUGGAGCCCCUGUCGAUGUUUUGUGCCAUGCCACUCGAAUACAGAGGACAGCAUGUUAAAGAAGUGCUCAUGCAGGAGUCUGUCAAACAGUGUCUUCCAAUGAUCUCUCAUGACACUUUUCCAAAUCACCUUAACCUGGAUAUUGGCAUGACAGUAAACUUGGAUUGCCGUGCCAUGGCAGAGCCUGAACCAGAGAUCUACUGGGUCACCCCACUGGGAAAUAAAAUGACAGUGGAUACCUUGUCAGACAAAUACCGGGUCAGCAGUGAGGGGACUCUUGUACUAUCCCAUGUUCAGAUCGAAGAUUCUGGCCGAUACACUUGCGUUGCACAGAACUCAGAAGGUGCGGAUACAAGAGUGUCCACUAUCCGAGUUAAUGGAACACUUUUGGAUGGUUCUCAGGUCAUGAAAAUCUAUGUCAAGCAAACCGAAUCCCAUUCAAUCUUGGUUUCAUGGAAAGUUAAUUCCAACGUAAUGACUUCCAAUUUAAAAUGGUCUUCUGCCACGAUGAAGAUUGAUAAUCCACAUAUAACCUAUACGGCCAAGGUACCUGUUGAUGUACAUGAGUAUAAUCUCACUCACUUACAGCCUUCCACUGAAUACGAGGUCUGCCUAACUGUGUCCAACAUUCAUCAGCAAACUCAAAAGUCUUGUGUUAAUGUGACGACCAAGAACGCAGCUUUUGCAUUAGAUAUUUCUGAUCAAGGAACCAGUACAGCACUGGCUGCAGUGAUGGGAACCAUGUUUGCCAUUAUAAGCCUUGCUUCCAUUGCCGUGUAUAUUGCUAAGAGGCUCAAGAGAAAGAAUUACCACCACUCUUUAAAGAAGUACAUGCAGAAAACCUCUUCUAUCCCCUUAAACGAGCUUUACCCGCCUCUGAUCAACCUGUGGGAAGGCGACAGUGAAAAGGACAAGGAGGGCUCUUCUGAGAACAAGCCAAGCCAAGUUGACACGACAAGAAGCUAUUACAUGUGGUAAACCUUGAAGGAUUGUGUUUGCUUCUAGUUCCAGGAAGCAUAAAGACACUCUUUUGCUUUUUCCAUGCAAAAGUGAGACGUUGAGAAUUUUUUGUAUUUUCAGCUUUGCUAGUUUGUGGCAGAGUUGGUGGGGACAGGUGGAUAUAUUUUUUAGUAUAGCGUAUCGCCGUUUUUUGGACACUAAAUUGGCAGCUCCACUUGGCUUCCAAGGCUUCUUAGUUGCUGUGCUUUAUUUUUGUGAUGUUCUCUUCUUUGAUAUUGUUGAUGACAUUUUGGAUCAGCUGAUAAUCUUGCAGUGGCCUGAUCCAUUCUGUCACACAGUGUCAAUAGAGACUGCAGUGCUCCUUUCUUUGAAUAAAACAGUUUUAACUGUUGUGCACUGAAACAUAUUAACAAGUUUGUCUACAGACUGUAAAAGCUGACAAAGAGGAUUAGACUUGUUAUACUCUGUCUAUUGAAUAACGUUAGCGGAUUGUACUGUAAUGUUGUAUCAACUAUAAUUUGAACUUUUUUGACGAACAAAAAACUUUUUCAUUUUAGUACUAGUUUGCAGAGUACUGUAAAGCAAUAGAAAUGUGAAUGUUUGAUCAAAUAACAGUUAGGAGAUAGAUAACUAAGAACCGUAUCUGACAUUCUUUUUAUUCAUCUUCAUUUUAUUUUUUUGCUAGUACUGUCAAUGGCCGCUUCAUUUUGUUGUGAUUUAAACACACAAACUAUGUUGUAUAAUGAAGGCAAGACUAAAAUAAAUUACAAUUAUGUUCUGAUUUUUUUAUAUGCA